AUGGGUAAGGUGAGAAAGAAAAAUCGAGAAUGUCUUACUAGGUCUAAGAAAUGUCAAGACAAAAGCGAAGAAAUCGAUCUGUUUUCGAAUAUUCCUCCGGAACUGAUACUUGAGAUUCUCCUAAAAUCGCCGGCCAAAUCCAUAGUCAAACUCAGCUUCGUUUCUAGAUACUGGUCAUCUAUCAUCGUUUCUAGGAUCUUAACUGAUAUGUACCUGACUCGAUCUAUUACUCGGCCUCGUCUUCUUUUCACAGUCAACCGUCUGGACAUGCACUUCUUUGUCUCCCGAUCCCUGGAGGAUCUGUUGUCUUCUGAUGAUCAUCAUCAUAGGGAAAGGGUAACUCUUACUCCGAAACCAGAUUCACGGUAUUGCUUUUCUCCUCCCGUCCGCGGCUUGAUAUGCUGUUUUAAUGAUAGAUUCUUAAAAAAUAUUGAGACGGAGGAGCAUCAAGUUCUCACUCUAGGAGCUAAACAAGAAUGGAGAAUGAUUGAAUCUAAGGUCGAUAUACGAUUCUAUUCUCUAAUAAGCUUCAAUCUGAUGUCUGAAGACUUUAAUGUUAUUGGUUUACCUGAUAGUCGUUCUAGUAAACUGGUGGACUACGGUGGAUAG